GACUCGACAACCAAACUGGCCUCAGAUGUUCAGUGGUGAGUCGAUCACUCUGACAUGUGAGGUCCAGGGAGGAGGAACCACUGAGUGGACGUGUGAAUGGAGGAGAUCUGGGUCAAUAAUACACAAGACAGACAGUAAAGACUGGACUUUCAUUGUCUCUGAGUCCAGCAGUGGAAACUACAUGUGUCAGUGUAGAAGCAGAGAUGACUGGUAUUCUUCAACACAGAGGAGUGAAACCAUCAGACUGUCUGUAUCAAGAGAUAAACCUGGAGCCAAACUGACAGCAGGUUCAUCAACCAUACCAGUAGGGGGCAGUGUGACACUGAGCUGCUCAGUGGAGCCCUCUGCUGGAUGGAAGUACAAAUGGUUCAGGCGGACCUCAGAUUCUUCUUUUGUUGAAUUCAGCAGAAAUAAUGAAGAAAACAGAGAAAUCACUGUGACACAAGGAGGAAUCUAUAAGUGUGAUGGAAAGAGAGGAAAUCCCUCAUUCUACAGUCAUUCAAGCCUUGAGAACAUCAUUGAAAUAAUGUUUUCCAACAAGGUUUUUGUGACUCGACAACCAAACGGUUCUCAUGUCUUCAGUGGUGAGUCGAUCACUCUGACAUGUGAGGUCCAGGGAGGAGAAACCACUGAGUGGACGUGUGAAUGGAGGAGAUCUGGGUCAUAA